AUGGACGGUCCCCAAUCGCGAACCUUCAUCAAGUUUAUCAAAGACUUUGCGAAGUGGAAACAUCGAAAACAAAUUCACUUUGUUCUCUGUGAGGUUGACGGCACGAAAUGGUGAGAACAAUUUUAGACGGACCUCAGCCGGACGAUAAGGAUUACAGUAAAAUAAGAAUGCGUAAAAAUUGUGUUGCGAAUGGAGAAGAGCUGCACGCGAAGAUCUGCUAUCAGACCAGCGAUUGGGUGAAACGCGUCGACGGAGAGGCCUCAAUGACCGUUUUGACGAAAAGUAGUGUCAAGGAUGAGAAGCGCACCGAGUCGUUGUGUUUGGAGCCGUUCAAAUGGCACGACUUCAAGUGCAUUGCACUUGUCAACGAAGAUUCGACCGAACGAAAUGAGUAUUUGACGGACGGAGGGUUGUUCGUGAAAGUGGAGAUUCGAAUCGAUGAGGUUGUACCAGAGAUAAAAGAGUUGAUUCGAGGUGAGCUUCCGUUUCUGUAAUGCCGCGUCCAAAGUCUCGGAAACGCCGCAAAUCUCGCGGAUUUUGCAGUCCAAAGUCGGCAGAAAUUUGCGGGAAAUCCGGGGUGCGCACAGCUGAACGAGUGUUAAAAAUUUACCCAAGAAAUUUGAAAAAUUGCCAAUAUUCUCGAGAAUUUUUAAAUUUUUUUCAAAAAAAUACCGUUGAAAAUUUCCCCAAGAAAUAGGAAAAAAAUUUCAAAUAUUCUCGAGAAAUUUAAAUUUUUUUCAAAAAAAUACCGUUGAAAAAUUUACCCAAGAAAUUUGAAAAAAAUUGCCAAUAUUCUCGAGAAUUUUUAAAUUUUUUUCAAAAAAAAUACCGUUGAAAAAUUUACCCAAGAAAUUUGAAAAAUUUUUCAAAUAUUCUCUCGAGAAAUUUAAAUUUUUUUCAAAAAAAUACCGUUGAAAAAUUUACCGAAGAAAUUUGAAAAAAAUUUCAAAUAUUCUCGAGAAAUUUAAAUUUUUUUCAAAAAAAUUUCGUUGAAAAAUUUACCCAAGAAAUUGGAAAAAAAUUGCCAAUAUUCUCGAGAAAUUACAAUUUUUUUCAAAAAAAUACCGUUGAAAAAUUUACCAAAGAAAUUUUCAAAUUUUUCAAAUAUUCUCUCGAGAAAUUUUUAAUUUUUUUCAAAAAAAAUACCGUUGAAAAAUUAACCCAAGAAAUAGGAAAAAAAUUUCAAAUAUUCUCGAGAAAUUUAAAUUUUUUUCAAAAAAAAUACCGUUGAAAAUUUACCCAAGAAAUUUGAAAAAAAUUUCAAAUAUUCUCGCGAGAAAUUUAAAUUUUUUUCAAAAAAAUACCGUAGUUUUUAUGGUGUACGGUAACACUCGUUCAGCUGUGCGCACCCCGGAUUUCCCGCAAAUUUCUGCCGACUUUGGACUGCAAAAUCCACGAGAUUUGCGGGUUUUGCGAGACUUUGGACGCGGCAUAAUACCACAACUAAUAUCACUGCCUUCCAGGAGCCUGUGCUUUUGACAUAUCGAUUGAGAACUUUCGCAAAAAAGACAAAGCGCGCCUGGAUAUUGGAAAAGUUGCGAAUCGUCAUUGGUUAGCGCUCCAGAUCCGUUCUCUUUUCCAACCAAUUCAAUUUAGGAGAGUCGUACUCGUUGCGUAUCCUAGCCCUUACCCAACCAGGUUCGAAGUAUAUAUACAUAUACCCUUUUACACUAGUAAGCAUGCUCUUUGCCUGACCACCUUCGUGCUACGUAUUCUUAAUGCCUCUCGUGCGCGCUCGAUAACGCUCAAAGAGGUCUUUUUAAUGCGACAAGAAACAGCGGGACAGCGAUUCUUAAUUCCUCAUGACGUCAUGUUCAAGAAUAACAGUGGAUUUCUGACUGACCAAGGAGCUUUGGAGGUUGAAAUUGAGAUUCGUGUCAAUGCAAUUCAGCAAGAGGACGGGAAAACGUUGCUUUUCAAUUUGUAUGAUCCCUAUUUCGAGGAUAGUUUUGUCUUUAUAGGCAACACUGAAAAGAUGUACGUCAGCAAAACGGUUGGUUGAUUCUUUUCCGGCCUUGCCCAUCUCGUUUUCUUUGUCCAGCUUCUCGCCUUUCAUUCUCCAGUUUUAGCCGCAAGAAUUGAGUCAGGUCAACAAUCGCUUGGUUUCAACAAUUGCCAACGCAGUGCUUGGAAGACCAUACUUCAACUUGUUCACGGCGUCCGACUCAAUAUCAAUUGUCAGUUGGAACGAUGGUGGCAAACACGAAGUAGUAGAUAUUUCAGCCAAAAAGUACGAACAAAUACUCGAAAUCGCCGAUCGCUAUCAGAUAAUGACGGUCAUUAGGUAUUGUGAAGGACAAAUUCUCUAUUUCAAGAGGGGAUUUAUGAAGAGCUCGCGAGCUGCUGCGCUUGAGUUCGCAGAAAAGUACAAGAUGCGCUCGCUUUUGGUAAGCACCAAACGCCUCGAAAAUGCAAUGGAAUUUCAUUUCAGAAGUGUCUGCUGAAAGGGAAUGAAACCCCAUAG